AAUGGCUGACGAAGUCCUGUUUGAGCUUUUUCACAUGGAAAUAGUCGCUCAUAUCUUGCGAUCAGCAACAAAAGAUGAAAAGGAUAAUUGUAUUGCAAAGCUGGAGGGUAUGGGUUACAGAGUUGGACAAAGUUUAGUAGAAAGGUUCACCAAGGAUUGUCCAAGAUUUAAAGAUGAGUUGGACACAAUGAAAUUCGUGUGUAAGGAUUUUUGGACUACGCUUUACAAGAAACAAAUAGAUAAUUUAAGAACUAAUCACCAAGGAGUGUAUGUUUUACAAGACAACAGAUUUCGAUUACUUACGCAGAUGUCGAAUAACAAACAGUACAUGGAAUCUGCACCAAAAUAUUUAGCAUUCCCAUGUGGGUUGAUCAGAGGAGCUCUGGCAAACCUUGGGAUCAGUAGUAUAGUCACAGCGGAAGUUACAAUCAUGCCUGCAUGUAAAUUCCAGAUUCAGAUUCAGAGAUUAUGAGAAGUGCCAACGAAAGACAUAAGUCGUAGUUCCACCUACCAUAAAACCCCGUGUUUUUUCAAGACCCGUGUCUUCGCCGUGUGUCAAAAAACCCGGGGCGCACUUACACCUAUCAGUGGUGUUAGAUAAUGGUUAAUAGCCCCGGCGACAGGUGCGCUGUAGGUAGGGAGCUCUCCUGUGUUUCUUUCCCGUUGGAGGGGAAUUUCGCAUGCGCAAUACCGAGGCAACUACACCGCGCCAUCUGUCGCCGGGUCUUAGAACUUGCAAUUGCCGGGGCUAUUCAGAUUCAACCUAUCAAAAAACCCGUGUUGAAAACGGGUCUAAAUUAGCCCCCGAUUAGCCCCAUCGAGCUCGAUGGGGCUCAUAGACACAGGGAUUUGACACACGGGUCUAUUUAGACACGGCAAUUCAUAGGUGUAAGCGCACACGGGGAUUUGAUAGGUGGAAGUACGACUAUGGACUGUGUUUGGGUGGACUGCGAUAAUGUGAAAAUGAGGAUGCUUUGGUGUCAGUUUGUGACUGAAAAUAGAGUUACCAUUGGUGUAAAUUAUGCUUAGGAUUGGAGGAAUAGUUCAGAGUAUUUGAUUGCUGAAGGUCUUGAACACUACAAUGAUGAACCUGCACUGAGAGUUUUUUUGUAGUUCGCUGCUCAAACAAAUGCUAGGAUGGGUUUAGUACCCGGUAGUUGAAAAAUGGAUUUGAUGGCAAAUUUUAUUCUUCUUUCUAUAACUACAAUAGUCUGAUUCAUAACCCAGAUUAAAAUAUCAAUUGGUCCUGUGUGAUCUUCUCGUGUUCCAGAGAGCUAUCUGGUGAGUGGUCCGUUAAAUGAAUGUUGUCUGAAUUCUUGCUUUAGUUGCAAAUGAAAUGUAUGUGCCAUCAAGAAUUGGCGUCUUGUAUGGUAUGGUAUAGACUUGUUUUAUUAUUGUGAUCAUUGGAGAAAUUACUUGAUGUCUUCUUGUAUAGAUGUAUUCUUUUUGUACAUUGUGUAUAAACAAUAAAACCAAAAGUUGAUAAA